AUGUCAAUCAAAUCAGAAAAGGUUGAGGUGCCCCAAGCUGCUGAGUUUUUUGGCAAGCUGCUGUUCGACGACACAGAGGGCUGGCCGCUGACAGAUGCUGGCUACCAGUUGUCACCAAGCUGCAUCGUUGACCUCAGCAGGGGCCCAUUCAAUGGUGUGUUGACUUUAAGCACGGCUGGGAAAGAAAAAACACAUCUCUUGGAUCGGGACACAGAGAUGCAGGAUGUGGUGAACAAAGUUGUGGCUCGAGCAAAGAUUCUGAAAAGGCGUACCAGCUCUGACAAGAAUGCUUCCCCAGCGCUCCUAACAGCGCAGGCGCCCGGCUCUGGCAAGAGCCAUUUCCUGGCCGAGCUGGGGGUGAAGAUCCCGUCCCUCUGGGAUUUGGAUGGCCAGAAGCAGAGGCCUUUAGUUUCCGCGUUCACUUACGGUUCUGCCAUGGGCAACAAGUUGACCCAUGGAUCUGUUACGAGCACCAGCGAAGUGGACUUGGCGCAACGAGUUCUGUACGGCGCAGCCCAUCACAUGACAAGGGCUGGAUUGCACUGCACUUCUUGGAUGGGCUUCUUGGAUGCCAUCCAUGCCGCUGUUUCAUCCAGCAUUCUGGCGAGCCUUGUCAACCUCAAUGUUGUGGUAAAGAUCCUGCAUCACUUGCAUGGUGUUCGGCCCCUCGUGAUCCUUGCCCUGUCAGGUGGUUCUGUCGCUGGCUCCAUUGCGGACAUUGGAGACAUGGGAACGAACCUCCCACCCCAAUUCCGUGCAGAAGAGCUGGAGGAACUGCUGCAGUCGUGGGAGUUGGUGGACUGCCCUUCGGGCAGCUGUCUCAAGUCAGUGGCAUAA